CUUACCUUCUCCCUCCCUCUCCUCCCCGUCCUGCUCCUCCUGCUCCUCCUGCUCCUGGUCUCCCCACCCCCUGGCAGGGCGGGCAGGGUCCGUAGGCAGAGGGUCCGGCUGCCCUGGGGCUCCAUGUGUCCCCCCGGCCGGUCCUAGCCGGUCCUAGGCGGGCCCGGGGCCUCGCCGAAGCUGGAGCCACCACCGGGCCGCCACCGCAGGGCCACCACCGCGGGGCCACCACCGGGCCACCCCACCGGGCCACCGGCGGGCCCGGGGCCGGCAGAGCGUCCCUGGAGAGGGCCAUCUCCCGGGCGGCACCGCCCCUCGCCCCUCGCCCCCCGCCGGAGCCUCCAUCAGGGGUCCGAGAGUUGGGACAUGUUCCGGCUGAGCCCGGGCCGGUUGUGUUAGGGAGAGAAAAAGUCAGUUACUGAGAUCCACCUAGAGCAGAGUGUCAAGCAGGACCGUGCCGGAGCCUCCCGCCUCCUCCUCCUCCUGCCUCCCACGCCCGCCUGCUGCCCACUGAACCUAGAGCCCAGAGAGGGUGAAGGAUUCACCCGAGGUCACACAGCCAGGUGGAAUUUUCCCCAGGACGUCCAGCAGAAAAGCCCUGGAUGACCAUUUGCCCGCUGGCUAAACCUCGCUAACUGCACCAGGCAACAUGGAUUUUGUAAUGAAGCAAGCCCUUGGGGGGGCCACCAAGGACAUGGGGAAGAUGCUGGGGGGCGAGGAGGAGAAGGACCCCGACGCCCAGAAGAAGGAGGAGGAGAGGCAGGAGGCUCUGCGCCAGCAGGAGGAGGAGAGGAAGGCCAAGCACGCCCGCAUGGAGGCCGAGAGGGAGAAGGUGCGGCAGCAAAUCCGAGACAAGUACGGCCUGAAGAAGAAAGAGGAGAAGGAGGCGGAGGAGAAGGCGGCCCUGGAGCAGCCAUGCGAGGGUAGCCUGACCCGCCCCAAGAAAGCCAUCCCGGCGGGCUGCGGGGGCGAGGAGGAGGAAGAGGAGGAGGAGAGCAUCCUGGACACAGUGCUCAAGUACCUCCCCGGCCCGCUCCAGGACAUGUUCAAAAAGUAAUCCGGGCCUUCGGGCCUCCUCCCCGACCCCCUGACCCCUCUUCCCCUCGCCUCCCUCCCCCCUUUUAUUUUCAUCCCUUUGAUAUUUUCCCCGUCUUUUCAAUUCAAACGAAAUCUCUAAGGGGAAA